AUGGUACAUAGAAGAAGAAGAUCAAGCAUUACUAAAUUAUUCAAUAAAUUUUAUAGAAUAUCAACAUGGAAAAAAAAUGAUGCAAAUAAGGAUGACUUGGCUGAAGAGAAAAUUUCUGGUGUAUCACUCAAGUGGGCAGAAUUUGCCAGCAGCUCAUCAACCCAUAGAAAGAUAAAAUAUGGAAACUGA